AUGACUGUAGCUGACCUUGGUCAGGGAGGUCUCAAGGAAAAAACCCGAUCAAAUUUGACCACUCAGUCGUCGAUUGCUCUGACAAAGGAUAACCCUGCCAUCACGACUCCCAAGCGCAGCAGCAAGGGAACCCCUUCACCAACCGCCGAGGAUGGCGUAAUGAAAGACUCGACCACUCUUUUGUCGAUCAAUCUCACCAAGGAUAAUCCCAAUCGCACGACCACCAAGAGCCAAUGCAAGCAACCCCCUCCUACCAAAACCGCCGAGGAUGGCGCAGUGCAAGGACGGCCGCUCGUUGCCUACACCAAGAAACUCAAGGUGUCAAAGUUUCACCGGCUCUACAAGAAGGCUUGGAGGAAGGAGGUUUUUGGGAAUGAAGCAUUCAUCACUUGGUCCUCUCGCACCGCGGAUCCCUCUGGUCGGGCAAUAUCCAAAUGCCCCGGAUGGUGGGCGGAAGCUAGUACGGACCAAGCAGAUGCUCAUUCCUACGACAAAAUCGCUGCGUUAAUCCUGUCUGGCUUGAAGGUGUACGACCCAUCACUUGGUGGUUCGAUGCCCCAGCUUCGGUCCAGUAUGCAGAAUCUGUUUUCACUUGGGGACCUCAAAGACGCAGACGACGACAAAGGUUCCUGGUCUCUUUGCGAGUACUUUCUUCGUCUUGCCACACAGUGCCCCACGGUUGUGUUUGAUCUGGCAACGGCCCAACGCAUUAUCAAAACUGACAAAAAGUCGCCUCGCUUUUGGGAAUUCUCGCUCGUGUUCGACCCAACAUUAAUUGUUCAACGCGCCGAGCCGUUGACGUGGAUGUGGCUAGCGGCAGCCGAAUUCUUUGCUUAUCCUUGGACUGGCCCUGCGAUCAUUCCUCCCAUUGUGGAGGAAUUCGAGCGACUAGAAGGAGAGUCGAAAAUAUCCAAAGCUCAAUGCAAACGGAUUUUGACGCCACCACAGGGUCGGUCCAAUCCCUACCAACGAACUCCACCUUCGGAUGCCACUCCUCCUCGCCAACAAGUGGUCAUGUCUGACGCUGUUCACGUCAUUGCUGGCACCCCAACAGGAACACAGGAAGCCAGUCUUCCAGCUGAUGACGUCGCGGUAGCCAACACCCACCAUGGGAGGACCAGUGCGGAACAUGGAGCAGAGGAACACAAUAGUGCCCCGACCUACAGGGACACUGUUGCCGCUCUCCCCGCUCCCACGGUUCCUCUCACCACCGACAAACGAUUGAUGCGCCUUCUCGCCGUCCAUUGGAAUGCGUCUCCCUUUUGGCACAUUACCAUCUUCAAUGUGUCCGUUGUCUUUGAUUGGCAGGGCGUCGGUUCGUCCGAGUUCAAUCAAGUCCAGACUGCCUACAACGCCUUCCAUCAGUUUGCCUCCGGUAUCU